UCCACUGUGCGAAGCACCCCUCAGCGCUUCGUUUAGUCAAGACAUGUCCGUUUAAUUCUCCUGCAACACCCGUUCAGCUGUGUACAUACCUGCUGUAAGAUGCGGAUACUGUUCGUCACCACAAACCUGCAGUACCUCGCUGCCUUCUGGGCGGCGCUGACGAGCCUGAUGAGCGGCAUGGUGUACGGCUGGCCGUCGCCCAUCCUGCCACAGUUGCAGCAGCCGGGCUCAUGGCUGCCGCUGACGGCUGACGAGGCCUCCUGGAUCGUGUCGUGCGUCACCAUCUCGUCCGUGCUGCCCAUCAUAGCCAUGCCCGUCAUCGUCGACGUCGUCGGCCGCAAGCUGCUGCUCAUCGCAUCAGGGCUGCCGGCCUUGGCUUCCUGGCUCAUGGUGCUGUUUGCAGACUCGGCGGGAAUGCUGAUAGCGUCGCGAGUGGUGGCUGGUCUGAGCAUCGGCGCCAGCGUGUGCCUGGUACCGAUGUACGUGGGGGAAGUGGCGGAGGCCAAGGUGCGGGGUAUGCUGGCCACCGUCUUCCAGUUCGCCAUGUGCCUGGGCUCGCUCGCCUCCUACUGCAUGGGCCCCUACAUGUCCUACUCGGCAGUGGCCAUCGUGUCUGCUGCCGUGCCAGUCCUCUUCAUGCUGGGCUUCCUCUGGAUGCCCGAGUCACCGUACUUCCUGGCGCUGCGCGGCAGGGACGAGGAAGCCGAGAGUGCCUUGAGGCGGCUGCGAGGUGCUGUGUCCGAGGAAGCGAUCCAGGAGGAGCUCGGCAUCGUGCAGAAGUACGUUGAGGAGCAGCGAGCGCAGCGGUCACAGCUGGAACUGAUGGGCCAGCUGGUGCGAAGACGUGGCAGCCGGCGGGCGCUGGUGGUGUGUGUGGUGCUGAUCCUGACACAGGUGUUCACGGGGCUUUCCGUGCUCACGGGCUACACCACUGACACCUUUCAGCAGUCGGGUGUGGCGCUGGAUGCAGAUGUGUGCGCCAUCAUCGUGGCAGCAGUGCAAACAGCAAGCAGCGUUGCCACAUCUCUGUUGGCGGACCGAGCUGGCCGCCGGCCACUGAUGCUACUCUCGUUUGCUGGCUGCGUCCUCACCAUGGCUACACUGAGCAUCCUCUUCUACCUCAAGGAUGUGGUGCACACAGAUCUUACUGCUGUGCAGUGGCUGCCACUCGCCGCCAUGAUUGCUUUUCCUGUGUUCAACAUCCUGGGGGUGGGCCCGCUGCCGUGGGCCAUCGUCGGUGAGGUGUUCCCCUCGGACGUGAAGGGCGUGGCCACGGCGGUCGUGUCGGUGGUACAGGCGGUCACCUUCACACUGAUGGGGAAGCUCUUCCAGGUGAUGAGCGACGCCGCGGGGAUCUACUCCGUCUUCUUCCUUUUCACUGCCAGCGCCUUCGUCGGCCUCGUCUUCACCUUCUUCUUUCUGCCAGAGACAAAGGGCCGCACCUUCGUCGAGAUCACGCGGCACUUCGAGGGCGAAUAACACGAAGAGUCAAAGUAGCCAUUUUUUGGCUCUCAGUGUAAGGCUCAGAAAAAGCACUUCAGUUUGUCCGAGUGCGACUGUAAUUUAAUAUUUAAACUGCUAGAUAUUCUUUGCAUUAAGAAUCAAUAACUAUACAAAAGUUGUUUGUUAACCUCCACAUCGAUAUAAAGGUGAGGCUUUUUGUGUCUUGUGAUUGGUUUGAUGCAAUCCACCUCGACUUCCUUUCUGUACCAUCCUCUUCAUCGUUGAGUAGCAUCUACGCGCAAAGCCCUCAAUUAUUUGUUACGUAUACUCCAAUCCCUGUCUUCCCCUGCAGUUCUUGCCCACUGUUGCUACCACAGCGUGGUGGCGCAGAGGUUAGGCACGGGAAUCGGACUCGGGAGGAUGGCGGCUCAAAUCCCCGUUUCACCAUUCAGGCCUAGGUUUUACGUCACUGCCUAAAAUCGCUUAAGAGGAAUGUCGGGAAGUUUUCUUUGAAAGAAGAGACCUAAUUUCCUUCCCCGUCCUUUUUCAUUCCGACCUUGUGCUUCGUCGUCUAUGGAAUGCUAUGCCCCAGUUUUCUUUCUUCUCGAACAACGUUCCACUUGUGGCAAGAACGGUAUUCAAGUCCUUUCGUUCUAUCCUUCUCCCAGUUAGUGUUUUCCAUAUAUAUCUUUUCUUGCCGAUUAUUCUCUUCAGUGCCUCAUCAUUAAUAUUUAUGGAAUAUUCCGUCACUUCUUGCCGGACUACUGACGUAUUAAAAAAUUGAAUCCUCAGUAUUAAAGUUCCACAAAAAUAUUUAUUUAAUAGUUCGUUAUGAACCGGCUUUCAGGAUUGUAGGCCAUCGUCAGAUAACUUAGCAUUGAACAUCUGUAUAAAGAUUGUUGUACAAAGAUAUAUAACAUUUUAUGACUAUAUCGAUACCAAACACAAGUAUAAUGUAAUACCCAAGGAUACUCUGGACAAAUAAAUCUUAUUUUACAGUA